AUGUCUCAGUCCAUGAAGCCUCUUCUUCCACCCACAACACAACCACGCCAACAUCUUACAGCUUCUGAUAUCGCUUUCUUUUUUCCAAAUCAGUUCAGUCUCGGCACGCUGCUCUGCAUCGGUUCUCUCAUACAGAUGACCCUCUGCGCCAUCCUCCCCCUCCACUACGCCGCGAUCCCAUGCGCAACAGCCCUCCUCAUAUCCAUCCUCACCACAAUGAAAAAUUGCUUUCAGCCAAUGACAAAUCCGUUCAUGGCUGACGUCAUUCGUGGACGAGCCACAGCCCAGAUCCCAAGCCAAGACGGCCAAUAUGGCCCCAGGCCAGGGAAGGGAUCAGUGGUGGUUUUCCACCUCGGAAUACAAUACAACCACCCCUUGGGACUUUUUGCACCGCACGUGCUGGAAAUCUCAAACCGGUUCCUCGCUCUACAAGAAGAUAUCCUUCUGCGCAAAGAUGAGCUUGGGCUACUUGCCGUUGAAAAGUGGCGAGGCAGCGAGCGCAGCUCUAACAACACCAUUUUGAUCAAGUAUUUCUUCAAAGACGUGGAAAGUAUUCAUAAAUUUGCGCUCGAACCACUACAUAAGGAGACAUGGGCAUACUACAAUAAACAUAACCCCGGACAUGUGGGUGUCUUCCAUGAGACCUUUAUCACAAAAGAUGGAGGGUAUGAAAGUAUGUAUGUAAAUUGCCAUCCGACUCUGCUCGGAAGGGGCGAGGUGAAGGGUACAGCGGACUGGAUGGGGACACUGGUCAGUGCUGAUACGCCGGGGUUGAGAUCCUUCGGGGCAAGAUUGGGCAAAGAUGACUAG